AGCAAUCUAGGGUAUGUGUUGCAGGAUCUCUAUAAUGUGUAUCAGUCGCUUCAAAUAGCGCGGCGCUCGGAUUUUUUCACGGAGCGACGCCAUGCGCUCCUGCUUACGAUGAUUGCUAUGGUUUCCUAUGCUGUUAUGGUAUCAUUGCUUUUUAUUGAAAGUAUCACAAACCGUGCUGCUGAUUAUCUACAGCUUUUCGGUGAGAUUUUAGCACAGGCUAUCGUCUAUCAUAUCCCUAUGUGA